CUUACUGAUGUGUCAGAAGAAAUAAGUUUCUCUCUUUAAUUUUCUCUGGUCGCUGAAAAAGGGAAAAAGCUGAUGCCUUGGACGUGUUCGACUUAACCAGAAGACCGACCACUUCAGAGGGUUGGGAGAGCAAGCCCAAGGUCGACUUUAAGCCUCCAGCGCCCGUUUAUUAAGGGUGCUGAUCACAACAAGAUGAAGGCAAUCAUAGAUACUAUAGAAUGCCAACGUGAUUCUCCAAGAUUCAGGCAAGUCCUGGAUGAAAAUGAGAAGGACCUGGACAGCCUUGAGGUGAAGCUGGAGAAGGUGGUCAAGCAGUGUAACCAGAUGGUAUCAGCUGGGAAGCAGUUCAACCAUGAGCAAGAGCAGCUGAUUCACACCUUAUGGGAUCUAGCAGGUUACUUUGGCAAUGACACUGCUGUACAGUCUGCCUUAAACCGCAUGCUUGCUGCCUUGGGAGAAGCAGCAAAGUAUCAUGCCAUCUUGGUAGACCAAGCUGCUAGAGCCAUUACAAAAAACUUGGCUAACUUUAUCAAGAAUGAGUUACGGAGUGUGAAGGACCUGCGACAUUACUUCGAGAAAGUAAGUGGCGAAUUGGACACUGUUCUCCAGCGUGCCUCUGGGGUGUCCCGGACACGUACACAUGAGGCAGAUGACAUGAAAAAUCUUGUAAUAGCCACACGUAGAGCUUUUCGUCAUACAACUGUAGAUUACGUCCAUGCUAUCUCUAUAGCUCAAGGCAAGAAGAGGCAUGAGGUUAUAGAUGCGCUGUUGUCAUAUCUGAAGGCCUACAAUACCUUCUAUCAUCAGGGAACUGAUUUAUGUGAUGACCUGAAACCUUCAUUGGAUACUAUAAGUCAAGAGGUAAGUACAAUGAGACAAGAAGUGAGCGACUUGGAAAAGAGCCUGGAGAACCGCCACACAGAUGUCACAGAUAAAGACCUGGUGCUGUCAGUUGACCAGAUGGAUACCUGUCAACCGGUGAACAUGCAUGGGUACCUGUUCAAGCGGACCACAAAUGCCUUUAAGACCUGGAAUAGACGUUACUUCACAUUACAGAACAACCAGCUUGUGUACCGGAAACGAUCAGGAGUUGGAAAAUCAAUCAGGAACUCAGGAGGAGGUAUUCUGCUCAAUAGUCGUUUCUCACGUGUGCACGGAGGGGAGGAAGUGACUGUCAUGGAGGAGGACUUGCGAUUGUGCACAGUCAAGCCUGCUGUUGAAGUAGACCGUCGGUUUUGCUUUGAGGUCGUUUCACCAACAAAGUGUCACAUGUUGCAAGCUGAGAGUGAAGAGAGCUAUGACUCCUGGAUCAGUGCCCUCCAGCGGGGCAUUGGCCAGGCCCUCCAGCUGGGUCAGCAUGACAAAAUUACCAACUCAACUCCAGACUCCUCUCCAUACCCCCAAAAGGGAUCCCAAGGCACCAACACACCAGGAGACUCUCCAGCCUCCUCAUCCCCCGCGACUACGCCCCAGGCGCCCACGGCAAACAAGGCUAUGUUAUGGCAGGAAAUAAUGAGGAUUCCUGGAAAUGAAGUUUGUUGUGACUGUGGGGCUAGUAACCCAAAAUGGGCAUCAAUCAACUUAGGAAUAACUCUGUGUAUUGAGUGUUCAGGGAUUCACCGCAGCCUUGGGGUACAUUACUCAAAAGUGCGGUCACUCACGUUAGAUGCUUGGGAGCCUGAAGUGAUAAAAGUGAUGAUAGAACUAGGUAAUACAGUCAUUAAUCAAAUAUACCUAGCCACAUAUGCACCAGGAGGAGAAACUGGUCCACCUUUUGCUGCAAAGCCAGACAGUAUAAGGUCGGUGCGCGAAGAGUGGGUGAAAGCAAAGUAUGUUGAGCGAAAGUAUGUAAAACCACUUCCUUUGGCUUCCUCUGGUUCCACAUACUCCCUUCCAGCUCCAAAGUCUCAGUUGCCUAGUAAGAAAUCGUGGAGUAUUCCAAGAAAGAGGCGACGCAACAAGAGAAGGAGUAUUGGAAGUUCAACCCCAAGCAAGGGGUCCAGUGCUUCUAGUCAACAAGAUCAAACGUCUACCCAAGAAGAAUCUCAAACCAUUACUCAGUCUAAGUCUUUGCCCACAACCCCAGCAGGCGAGACACCUUCUCCAGGGGAAGUCCUGCUUCUUGAUGUAGACAUACCCUGCACCCAUCGAGACUCAGUGGAAUUACAGGAUAUCUCAAUCUUAAGUGAUGACAACUCAACAGAUGGAGAAGAUGCAGAUGGACAUGCCCCAGAGGAAGCUUUUGCAAACUUAACCCCAGACAUGCUGCUGUUCCGAGCAUGUGAAGUACAUAACUUGCCAAUGAUGAGCCACAGCCUGGCCUUAGGUGCAAACAAGAACUGGCACAACGCAGAUGAACGUGGACGGACACCUAUGCACCAGGCAGUCAAGAGUGGCUCUGUGAUGGCUAUAGAGCACCUGCUAAUAAAUGGAGCAAAGGCUAACGAGCAGGACUCUGAAGGUCGGACUCCACUACAUCUAGCCUCAUUAAAUUCAAAUAUUGGUCAGGUGUGUCUCCUCCUCAAGCAUCGUGUUGGCCUCAACCAGACUGACAAUGAAGGUCAUAAGGCCAUUGACUUGGCUUUGGAGAGCUCGGAACCAGAUGUGGUCACAUUGCUACGAGUGGCCAGCCUGAGCGAGCAUAUAGACCGAGAUGGUGGUGGCGAGGAUAAUAACAUGCUCAGUGAUUUUUUGCGUGAUUUCCAAGAAAAGAUGGUGAACCAGGGUCACAAUCGCUCACGACAGAAUGAUGCCACACCAAACUAGGAGGCAUCACUACCUCUUC